AUGGAAAGAUUGCAAUGGCAAUGGAGUCCGACUCUGCAGAAAUACUUCUACUACGAUGUCCGAACAGGUGACUACGUGCUACAAGACGGCUCACGCCAUCCUCGCGGCGGCCUUCGACCACGUUACGCACCUAGCAAUGUUGCACCGAGUCCUCCAACUCCGUAUGGACGAGGACCGGGUCCUUCUGCACCUGGAUCUGCUGCUCCUUACUACCCUCAAGCUACAAGCCUCCAAUCUUCGAUGGCGGCGCUUGAUAUGAAUACGAGUGCAGGGGACUCUGGAUUUAGGUCAAUGAUUGGAGCAUAUAAUACUCCCCCGCCAUACGGUGUAUCGCAGCAGCGCGGCAACCUCGUCCCGACUGACCGUCCGCCGAGCUACGGCGUCCAGCCCAUGGAUCUCCGUCCACAAAACUCGGUAACAGGUCGCUCGAUGAAUCCAACGCUCUCCCAAGUGCCCAUUGGAGAUACCGAAACACCAAAUGGCAGACCACCUGUCGAGACUGAGUCGCCACACCCGGUUUUCAAGCUACGAAAGAAAGACUUCUUUUGCGUGGGCCGCGUGUUUAAAACUCUGUGGGUAGAACCUGUUGGCGAAAUAAGAAACAGAGUCUCUAGGUCAAGCACUCUGCUGCCCAGCGGUGCCACUUUGGAUGCUCAGGGUCAGGAUUCUUUUGCAAAAGUGAGAUAUUUUGUUGUGAUCCGACCAGGACACAAAUCCUGUACUGUCCUACCUAUCGCCAGCUACGGAGGACAAGGCGUCGCAAAGGCAGGCGUCAAAAAGUCUGAUCACGCCAUAAUCUACACUGGUCGUGAUGCCCCAAGCCCUACUCGAGAAGAGUUGCCAGGUUUCGCAGAGCAGCCGAUGAGAGCCGUCCCAAUUCGAGUUGUGCCAGAUGACAAGUCCGAUGGCCUGAAUCCCUUGACUCGGCUCAACCUUGCACACGUCAGCACCAUCCAACACAACCUCAAGGUCGCAACGUUCGGAAAAGUGCACCCGGAAUCCCUGGAACCUCUGUUAGCACAAUUCAGGCGAGUCUGGAUGGAUUCAGUCUCUGGUCAGUCGAGUCGAGCCACCGCGACAGGACCGCACAACGCAAGCCGCUCAGCUGCAGGUCCAAGCACGCAAGUGGACAAUGAUAGCUCAGACGAAUAG